AUGACACAUGCCCUCUUACCCAGUCACAUGGCAAACACCUGCAAGACCAAGGCCCCAGAACUGCUUGUGACCAAGGGACCCACAGCCCUGACCCCCCACCAUGGCCCCUUCUGCCUGCGGGAUGACCUGGGCACAGGCAUGACAGGUCCCCUCAAGCAAGGUGCCCAGGCAGCCGGACCCGGCCUGGAGGAGCAGCUCUUCCAUCAAGUCCGGGACCACUUCAGCUUCGAGACCUACGGCAACGAGACCUUCCCGCAGCGCUACCUGGUCUCAGCCAAAUUCUGGAAGAAAGGAUUUGGACCCAUCUUUUUCUAUACUGGCAAUGAAGGUGACAUUUGGACUUUUGCUCAGAACUCGGACUUCAUAUUUGAAUUAGCAGAGGAAGAGGAAGCACUUGUGAUUUUUGCUGAACAUAGGUACUAUGGGAAGUCUCUUCCAUUUGGACUUGAGUCGACACAGCUGCAGAAGACUGGUCUGCUCACCAUUGAACAAGCCCUGGCUGACUAUGCAGUGUUGAUUACUGAGCUCAAGCAGCAGUAUGGGGCUGCAGGCUGCCCUGUCAUUGCUUUUGGAGGCAGCUAUGGAGGGAUGCUGAGUGCUUACAUGAGGAUGAAAUAUCCCAACAUUGUGGAUGGAGCAUUAGCGGCCAGUGCUCCUCUGGUGUCCGUGGCUGGGCUUGGAGACCCCACCCAGUUCUUCAGAGAUGUAACAGCAGAUUUUCAGAAGUCCAGCCCAAGCUGUGUCACAGCUGUCCGCAAAGCUUUCCAGCAGAUCAAGGACCUGGGCCUGAGUGGAGCCUACCAUGAAAUCAGCAGCAAAAUGGCCACAUGCAAUAAGAUCUCUAACAUGGAGGAUGUUUACCAGCUUUUUGGGUUUGCUAGAAAUGCCUUCACCAUGAUGGCCAUGCUGGACUACCCUUACAAAACAGAUUUCAUGGGUCAGCUCCCUGCCAACCCAGUGAAGGUUGGCUGUGAACAAAUCCUUGCCCAUACUGACCCAAUUCAAGGCAUGGCUGCUCUUGUUGGGGUGUUCUACAACUCCUCAGGCUCGGUACAGUGUUAUGACAUAUACCAGCUCUACCAGUCUUGCGCUGACCCCACGGGCUGUGGCAUCGGCUCAGAUGCUGAGGCCUGGGACUACCAGGUUUGCACCGAGAUCAACUUAACUUUCAACAGCAACAACAUGACCGACAUGUUCCCUGCAAUGCCCUUCACAGCAGCCAUGCGAGAGCAGUACUGCUGGAGAAGGUGGCAUGUCACACCACGGCCACACUGGCUUCAGACAAACUUCUGGGGAGGAGACUUGAAAAGUGCCAGCAACAUCAUUUUUUCAAAUGGAGACUUGGACCCAUGGGCUGGAGGUGGGAUAAACAGCAGCCUCGGUCCUUCCCUAAUUGCUUUGACCAUUAAAGGAGGUGCUCACCACCUGGAUCUCCGAGGACACAACCCAGCUGACCCCCUGUCUGUCACAGCGGCGCGCAGGCUGGAAGCGAGCAUCAUCCACAGCUGGGUGAAAUCUGCAGGGAUGGAAAGAGCACAGGAGAAGCCUUGGGGAGCUUCAGGGGGCAGAGGACUGUGA